AUGCAGCUCAGUGCUCGCCUGCUCGCGCUCCUUUCGUUCAUCCUCGCAGCGCAGCAGGCAUUUGCCGCGCCUAUACCCUGCAACGAUGCCACAGAUUGCCUCAUCGCCCGCUCUGGCAUCAAGAAGGGCGAUCUCGACCUCCUCCCCGAUUCCGAAGAGUACGCCCGCAACAAGAGCAAGCGCGCCGUUCCCGGUGUCAAAAGCGCUUAUAGCGACGCAGUGAAGAGCGUGGGCGUCCGAGUCCAUGAUGGCAAGUAUGUCAAUACGUUUCGUAACGGUGUGAUCCCAGGUAUUCCAAGCGGGACGCUCAAGGCUGCUAGCCGCCGUGAUGUCACAGAGACUGACUCAUCCUUCGACGAGCUCGACGGUAUCGAAGACGCACACGACUACGCAGUCAAGCAUAAUCUCCUUCACCACGAACGCGACCAGGCUCCUCCAGGGAACAACGGAUCUGACCCGAUCAAUGGAACCAAACGCGAUAUUUCAGACCUUGAACCCUCUCCAGCCGCCCGGAAUACAGCUCCUUUGGCCACUGACGCCCACGGCGCUAUACACCACUCGCGAAGCCUCGUUCCGCCGAGUGUUGCUACACCGCCCAGUGAGGAAAAACGCGAGGAGCCCGACCCUCUUCGAGAAGUUUCUACGGACGGAUACCUGUCAGAUAAUGGUACGAACGACCUCUCUGAGCGACUAGUCGAUCUCGACUAG